AUGAAAUUAUUUUUGAACAUCAUAGCUGUCAUGACCGCCAUGGCUAGCUUGACUAUGGCGCAGCCCUCAUUAUCCUUAAGAAGUUCCUCCGAAGCCGUUUUAGCAGCCGCACAAGCGUCAUACCCGACUUGUUCUCUCAAGUGCAUGUUAGAAGUCAUUCCUGCAUCUACAUGCUCCGCGACUGAUAUAAUAUGCCUCUGUACCAAUGCUGAAUUACAAGCGAGCAUCACACUAUGUGCGAUGAAAAGUUGCACCGUUUUUGAACUUCUGACUACCAAAAAUGUUACGGAGACCAUGUGCAGUGCCCCGGUGCGAAACAGAACACAAGCCGUCUCGCAUAUUGGUGUCAUAGGAGGUUGUGUUGCGUUACUAGCAUUUUUCCUCCGGAUUCUAUCAUCCGUUGUGACAGUACGUCAAUGGGGUAUGGAUGACUGGGCAAUGUGUUCUGUCGUGGCGUUGGCCAUUCCUCCAACUGUUUUUUCUGUCUUGUUGGCCAAUAAUGGUCUUGGAAAAGACAUGUGGACUCUGACAGCUGAUAAUAUUACGAAUAUACUAUUUUACUAUUUUCUCGGUGAAUGUUUCUAUCUUGCCUCGAUGGCCAUGAUAAAAGUUACAUUCUGCCUUCUUUUCCUCCGGGUGUUCCGCGAGAAGCCAUUCAUUCACUUCGUCUGGGGCACACUUGGACUUGCUGUUGCCUACGGUAUUAGCUUCGUGGCUGCAACUAUUUUUCAGUGCUGGCCCAUCAGCUAUUCAUGGAAUCAAUGGGAUGGUUUGCACACAGGAUCUUGUAACAACGUCAACCUUCAAGGAUGGCUAAGUUCUAUUUUCAAUAUUAUAUUGGAUCUUGUGGUCAUUGGCUUGCCAUUAGGGAAACUUUCAAAACUGGUCAUGUCUCCGACGAAGAAAAUCACUAUCAUGUUUAUGUUCUCUUUGGGAUUAUUUGUUACCACUAUCAGCGUCAUACGACUCCAGUCCCUCAUUCAAUUUGCCAAUACUACAAACGUAACGUGGGACUAUGUUCCGGCCGCAUAUUGGAGCACUCUCGAGCUGCAUGUUGGCAUAAUUUGCGGGUGCUUGCCAUCAUUACGACCUCUACUGAACUUGAUCAUGCCGAAGCUACAAUCAACUGUCGCAGUCAGCACCGCAAGGACUGGUGGGACAACCGGAAAACGAUCAUAUAUGAGCUCUAAACCCUCGGCACCCAAAAGAAACGAGAAGGGAGACUUUAUUCCACUUCAUGAUGUCGAUCCGUCCGGUUCAAAGUUCUCGGUCAAUACUCAUUGCACAGCUGUUUAA